GACUACGUCAAGUAUAUUUCAUAUAGAGGCAAUUGUGAAAUCUUAGUUGUCAUGGUAUUUGCCAUUCGUGUUUUUCUGUUCGGGUUAACGUCGGUUUGGAUAACUGUAGAAGGCCUCGGUUUAAGGUGUUUACGCUGUGAUGACGUCUUAGAGCCUCGUUUCUGCGAGAGAAUUGAAUACUGCUCAGCUGGAGACGUGUGCAGUGUGCAAAGGUAUCGAAAAGAUAAUGGUGACGUCACUUUCUGGGUGGGUUGUCUCCCCCAAACGUCGUGUUCUAAAACACCAAACAAAACAGUGCUCCACUCAAAUAGGCGUAGCAUCCAUGGAUCUGUGGUAUGUAACGAUUGUUGCUAUGGCGAUCUGUGUAACGUGGAUGGGUGUGGAUCACCAGCUUUCCCGACCUCCCGUGGACCAAUUUGUUUCAACUGUGGUCACACACUAAAUCCAACAGAUUGUCACCACAUGACUGUGUGUAGAACCAAUGAGUUGUGCUUCCUAGGGGAGAAACCACUAUUUGGGCAGCGUUACUUCACCAGCCAUUGUGAAGACAUACACGCGUGCAACAACCAUAUAUCAGCGCCGAUUAUCGUUGGAAAGAAAAGGUCAUACACCCCCUGCUCUGGAUGUUGCCAUGGAGAUCUAUGUAACAAUGAUUGCAACGCUAAUUUUACCUCUGGAACUGUUAUCAACACAGGAGCACCGGCACUGACAGUGAAACCAACUACCUUGGAAACACCCGGGAAUUACGCAUUCUAUGCUCAGCUGACAUCCUCCCUGUCGCAAAAUAACGUUAUCUUUAAUAACGUCACGACUAAUGAAGGAUCGUCUUACAAUGGCAGAACGGGUAUAUUCACCUGCAAGUACAGUGGUCCUUAUGUGUUCUCCUGGACUGUAGGGACACAUGGCGGAAGGCAGGCAAACGCAGACCUGAUUGUUAACAGCAAUGUCAAGGGCACAAUUCACUCCGACUCACUCGGAAGUUCAAAAAACACAGACUCAGCGACAGGUUUGGUAGUCACUAAGCUUCAGGUGGGAGACGAAGUGAGAGUCCGGGUUUCCAAUGGGACGAUUGAAGGGCAAUACUCUACAUUUUCUGGAUGGCGGCUUAAUCAAAAUAUUUCUUUCCAUGCAAAAGCUAAAACUGCUCUUUCGAAGCCUUCUAGUAAUCGGCAUGGCUUUAUUUUCGAGGAAGUUGACACUAACAAUGGACACUCGUACUUUUCCGGAAAUGGAACUUUUGUGUGUCCAGAAUCUGGUCUUUACGCUUUGGCGUUCACUGUAGAGGCUAAGAACAAAGACUACAUGGUUUACUUUUACAAGGACAGGUCUACAGUUAACAAUCUGGGUGUGUGGCCGGAUUCCUCAAAUGGUGAAUAUCUGGACUCUUCAGCAACUGUACAGCUAUUUCAGUUAAGUACUGGGGAUGCUAUAUAUCUAUACGCUGGGGAUAGUGAUGCUCAGCUGGAACCGAUACGAUCGACUUACUCUGGAUGGCUUAUAGAGCCUGGUACAAGCGUAAAUACCCCAGCCUUUCUGGAACAACUGACGUCAUCAUCACCGUCAUCACACAGCGCAGUGCUAUUCAAUUCUGAACUUCUUGAUACGACACAAUCGUUUUAUAGAUCUACGGGAUUCACUGCUCCCCAAAACGGCGUCUACAUGAUAUUCUGGAACAUGGAAGCAAAUAAUAGAUAUCUGAAAUCUACAUUAGUGGUCAAUGGGGUGGAGUAUGGUUACACAGUGUCAGACGGUGCAUCAUCGGAUUAUGAUAGUGGUUCCAAUGUGGCCGUUCUGCGACUAAGGUCAAGUGACGUUGUGAAGGUCAUACAGUCAACCUCAGCGGACGGAGAUCAGACAAUAAUAUCCGGAUACAAAUUGUUUUAAACGUACAUUAAAAGAAACAAAAUGUUGAUCAUAUUUAUACUUCUUAACCUUAUAUUAAAAGAAACAAAAUGUUGAUCAAAAUCAUA